GAGAAUAUCAAUAGAUUAGUCUGACCUCAACUAGAGACGGACAGUUGUAAUUUGUAUGUUUUGUGAAGAUCGCAAGAAAUGUAGAUGAGAAUUAUAAGAAAUGGCAGAAGAAAGCUACAGAUUAAAGGUAAUUGGUUACAUGAGAUCACCAUUUUUGUACAAAAAUGGAACUCCAAGACAACCAAUUAUCUGUCCUCAUGUCACUGGAGAGAUUACAAUAGACAAAAAUGUCUUUAACAACCCUGAUCAUUCCCUUGAAGGACUUGAGCAAUUUAGUCAUGUGUGGAUAAUGUUCAUAUUUCACAAAAACAGCAAUGUUCAUUCAAAAGCAAAGGUAAAGCCACCUCGAAUGAAUGGCAAGAAAACAGGUGUCUUCUCAACAAGGUCGCCUUACAGACCUAAUAAUAUUGGACUCACCCUUGCAAAGAUUGAAGGUGUAAAAGGAUCAACUGUAACUGUAUCAGGAAUAGAUAUUUUAGAUGGAACACCAAUUAUAGAUUUGAAACCCUUCAUACCAAUGUAUGAUAAUCCAGUUUUACUGUCACAUGAGAUAGAUGAAACUGUGUCUGAACAAGGUAGAGUAAACGAUUGUAUGACAAGUCAGCAGUCAGAAACCAAAAUAAAAGAUGAAACUGAGAACAGAAAAGACUUUGAUAAUAUGGAACCUGAAGAUAAACCAGCUGAGACAGAACUUUCUCAUGAUGAAUUAAACUGUCAUGUUGGAGAUUCAGAAAACCUAAUUAGAGCUAGUGAAGAACUUGAGAAUUUACAUAAGUUUGAAAAUAAUUGCUUAAACAUAGAUAAAGAACAAGAACUCUGUCCUACAGCUGUGGAUGAAAGUGAUGGUAAUAAAGUGAUAAAGAAUCGAAAUACAAAUGUUGCUAGUAAACUUGAGGAACCUAGACAGGAAAAACAAAAUAGUGGGACUGAAAGGUCUGAUAUUAAAUGUUGCACUGCAGAUUGGAUUACAAAUUCACCAGUUACAUCUUUGGAAGUUAGAUUUACACCAUCAGCAGAAGAACAACUGAAGCUCUUCAGCUGUGAAGAUGUUGAUACAGACUUUAAAUUUCAAUGUUUGAAGAGUUUCUCUCAAGCAAAACAGUCGAUAAUUGACAUCCUACAUCAAGAUCCAAGAUCAACAUAUAGACGGAAACAGUGCUCGGACAGUUUAUAUUACUUUACAUUGGAUGUUUUGCAUAUAACAUGUUGGUUUGAUGUAAAUCUUGUUGAAAUUGUUAGAAUUAAACCUGUUGGACAGGUAGAUAAAUUGAAAAGUUGAAAACCAGGCAUUUUGUUCUUUAAUAUAUUAUUCUGCUCUUUAAUAUCGUUGUUUUUAUUUUUGAUGAACUGCUACAAACUUUAUAUUAAUUGUUACAGUAUGAUACACAUUAAAAAAUGAAAUCUUUAAAA